AUGGCAACAAACAUUUCUUGUCCGUCUUCCGAUCCUGGCCGGCCGAUGGGUGCAGCCCAGAGGGACUGUACAAGUGUUUCGGCCAUCAACGAGCUUCGGGGAUAUCGGGAGGCCGUCGAACUCCAGCACAUUACAACCGGAGAGGACGAGGAGCAUCUGGACUCUUCCUCUCCAUCAGUCUCAUCAGGGGAGGAGUAUGUACGAGUGUCCACCCGGCGACGCACCUCGUCGCUCCCCCAGGUUCGGCAACCCGGGGUCCAACGAAAGGGACCGUGGGGCUCGGUCGCUCGGUUCUGGACACAGCAUGUCACCCGAACGGUGGCGCAUAAAAAGAAUCGAGAUCACUUUGCAUUAGAACGAACCUUUCUCGCCUACAUCCGGACCUCGGUGGUGGUGGCGAUGCAAGGGGUCGUGAUCGCGCAAUUAUUCCGAUUGCAGGAAUCGGGGGACCGGCUGAAGUUCUACGAGGCGGGCAUCCCGCUGUCGGUGACUUGUCAUUGCGUGGCGAUCCUGGUCGCUUUGAUCGGAGCCUUCCGGUUCUGGCGACAGCAAAAUGCGAUUGUGUUGGGCAACGUUCAUGCCGGAGGAUGGGAGCUAAACGCAGUGGGCCUCCUCCUCUUCGCGAUAGUCCUGGUGACAUUGAUUCUGUCGAUUGCGAUCAUUGUCGAAAUUGACACCAGCUCAGCCAGUGUCGGGCAACUCACUCAGGCC